UCCAGCGGGAGCCACAGCCAUGAAUGGCACCGAGGGCCCCGACUUCUACGUCCCCUUCUCCAAUGCCACCGGGGUGGUGCGCAGCCCCUUCGAGCACCCGCAGUACUACCUGGCCGAGCCCUGGCAGUUCUCCCUCCUGGCCGCCUACAUGUUCCUGCUCAUCCUCCUGGGCUUCCCCAUCAACUUCCUCACGCUCUAUGUCACCGUGCAGCACAAGAAGCUGCGGUCCCCGCUCAACUACAUCCUGCUCAACCUGGCCACCGCCGACCUCUUCAUGGUGCUCUUCGGCUUCACCACCACCGUCUACACCGCGCUCAACGGCUACUUCGUCUUCGGGCGCACCGGCUGCUUCGUGGAGGGCUUCUUUGCCACCCUGGGCGGCGAAGUGGCCCUGUGGUCCUUGGUGGUCCUGGCCAUCGAGAGGUACAUGGUGGUAUGCAAACCCAUGAGCAACUUCCGCUUCGGGGAGAACCACGCGAUCAUGGGGGUCAUCUUCACCUGGAUCAUGGCGUCGGCCUGUGCCGUCCCGCCCCUCUUCGGUUGGUCCAGGUACCUCCCCGAAGGCAUGCAGUGCUCCUGUGGGAUCGACUACUACACGCCCAAGCCCGAGCUCAACAACGAGUCCUUCGUCAUCUACAUGUUCGUGGUGCACUUCACCAUCCCCCUGCUCAUCAUCUUCUUCUGCUACGGCCGCCUGGUCUUCACGGUCAAGGAGGCAGCCGCCCAGCAGCAGGAGUCGGCCACCACCCAGAAGGCAGAAAAGGAGGUGACCCGCAUGGUCAUCAUCAUGGUCAUCGCUUUCCUCAUCUGCUGGGUGCCCUACGCCAGCGUGGCCGUGCACAUCUUCACCCACCAGGGCUCCGACUUCGGCCCCGUCCUCAUGACCAUCCCCGCCUUCUUCGCCAAGAGCUCCGCCCUCUACAACCCUGUCAUCUACAUCAUGAUGAACAAGCAGUUCCGGAACUGCAUGCUCACCACCAUCUGCUGUGGCAAGAACCCCCUGGGUGACGAGGAGACCUCCACCACCGUAUCCAGGACGGAGACCAGCCAGGUGGCCCCAGCCUAAGCCCUGCCAAGGACCCUGUGGCCAACGGAUCUCGACAGAUUGUAGGAGUCUCCCAUCCCCCACGUCCCCUCCCAGCCACAGCCACCUGCCCAGGAGCAGUGCCUGUCGAAGGAGGUCACACAGACUCCCUGGGUUUGUUUUUAAAGAAUUAGCGAGAGCCGGGCGCGGUGGCUCACGCCUGUCAUCCCAGUGGCUUGGGAGGCUGAGGCAGGAGGAUCGCAAGUUGGAGGCCAGCCUCAGCCACUUAGCGAGGCCCUAAGCAACUCAGCGAGACCGGGUCUCAAAAUUUAAAAUAAAACGGGCUGGGGAGGUGGCUCAGUGGUUAAGUGCCCCUGGGUUCAAUCCCCCAGUACCCUCUCCCCCUCCAAAAAAAAAAAAAAUGAGAAGAAAAAAACGAGGCUCCCCAAUUUCAGGGGACAGCCUGACAACCAAGACCACCCCCAAACUCGGGUCCCCCAGUUCCCAGGGGCCAGCAGGAUCUGUCCCCACUUCCCCCAACUCAUCUCUCAGGAACAUGAGAACUUUGCUCUCUGGGGAGGUGUCUCAGCUCAGGGCUCGGUGAGGUAGCACCGAACAGAGCACAUAGUAGGUGCUUAAUAAAUGCUAGACGGACGAAGGAAGGAGUGGGUGAAGUAGUGGACGGAUGAAGGAGUUAACAUAUACCUCUGUCCUCCCAGACCCCUGCCCCUCCGCAGAAGUGGGACAGGUGGCCCAGGACUCAUUGCUCCCUCAACUGGGUCCCACUUUGUCCCCCCCAAGAAUGAAAUCCCAAUUCUCUGACCCCAACACGCAGCUGCUGCAGACACCAAGUGUGAGUGCGCGUGAGUGUGCGUGAGUGUGUUCGAUCUCUCUGUAAAUAGACUGAGUGGCUGUCCACACGGCUGUGAACGUCAUUGGUAACAUCAAUCAAUACAGUUAAGUUGAUCAUUUCUGCUUGAUAGUGACCAUAUGGGGACUGGGCGUCAACAUGACGGGGUUUCGCGCACCCUUUGUAGGAUUUUUAAUAUCAGCCAGGCACUGGGUCCGGACGUGGACUGCAGACAGGCCGGGAGCCUCAAGGAAGAGACAAUAACAGGAAAGCAGAAUAGUGUCAUCAGACCUGAGAAAACAUUGGGUGUGGGGGCUGCAGCCAAGGAGGCCUGGGGUCUCCCCUCCAGUGUGGCACCCCUGGCCCAGAGCCUCCCCUUUCCAAUGCAGAAUAUAGAGACAUUUUUGGUUUGGGAAGCUUUGUUUUUCUGCCCAGGGCCAGUAGGAAACUUCUAGAAGCCAUGCUAACCUGGCCAAACUUAAUGGACAGCCGAGGCCCCAGGGUCACUUUCUAAGCUUGAAGAACUUAAAAACAAAAGGGUAGGAAAGAGCCCGGUGCUCUUCCCUGGGGGAGGUUCAUGGGUCCCGGUUUCCAGCUCCCUUGAUGGGUGAGCCCGUCUCAGGCAGCUGCUGGCCCAUUCUCUGUCUAUGCCGGAACCCUGGGACAUCAAAAAUGAGCGGCUCCAUUUCCACGUAACCAAAACUGGAAGUUCCAGCUCUCUCCAUCUCCGCCCGGAGACCAGGACAAACGGAGGCAUUAAAAGCUCAGCUCUUAGACUUUG